AUGGGAACCGUGAGUGGGAAAGGCAAUGGCGUAAGGAAAUCAAGCACCAGUUCUGAUCCACCAACUGAGAAGAGAGUUGCCUGUCUGCGUUGUAGACAAAAGCAUAUCAAGUGUCCCGGGGGAAAUCCGUGUGCGAAAUGUGUAAUCAGCUCUGCAACAUGUGAAUAUUUGGCACCCACUAAGAAGAUAGCUGUAAAUGUAAAUUUUAUCAAACAGAUGAACUUUGGGAUCUCUGAACUUAAAAAAGAAAAUGAAACCUUAAGAUCUGUUAUAUCAAUGCUGGAAGACAAAGUACGAAAAUUCGAAUCACACUUUGGUGAAGAAACAAAUAAAAUCAUAAACAAUACUAAUGGAAACAGCCACACAAACAUAGCACAUACUCUAGUUGAACUGGAUAAAAACAAUGAUCUACAAGAUGAUAGCAAAGACGAGAUGAUUUCAUCAGAUUUUGCACAGCGGAGUGGAAGACUGAUUGAAACUCAAAAUGGUUUGAAAUACUUUGUGGGUUCUUCAUCAAUGACAUUAUUCGGUUUGGAACUACAAUCCUUGAUAUCUAGCAAUGUUACAGAGAAAAAUCUUGAACCACUGCCUAUAAACUUGAAACUGGAUAAUAGAGAUGACUUUACUAAUUAUAGGAAAUUCAUUGAAGAUGCUAACGUCUCCACCCAAUUACCCCAAUUAUCGGGUAUGUCUCCUGUAGAUAGAAUAAAUCAAUUGAGUUUAAGAAAAUUCGAAAUAGUGUUAACCCAUUUGUAUUGGGGCUCUGCAGAUCGAUUUAUAAUCACAUUACCAGAAUAUGAAUACGCUGUACUACUUGUAGACAAGUUUAUCUCUUUUAAUGAAGGCUGUUUCUACUUUUUUAAUGAAGGAUUAGUACGAAGAGAGCUUGAUAUAAUCUAUGCAGAAGAGUCAUUACCUUACAAAAAUGAUAACACUUUGCAGACCAUUUGGUUUUGUAAAAUGUUUCUUAUUUUUGCAAUGGGUGAGAUGUAUCUGUGUUCUGAUGAAUCUAACAUGGAAAAUGUGAAAAAACAUGAUGAUUCCAAAAUACCUGGAUACUAUUUUUUUACCAUAGGCUCAAAGUUGUUUAAUUGCCUGUUCUCUGGUGAAAGAUUGGAGUGUGUUACAAAAGAAGGAGGUAUAGAAGCACUUUUAUUAUAUUCAUUUUACUUACAAGUGUUAGACUGCACUGUUGCGUCAUAUUUUUAUAUUGGUCAAGCAGUACGCUCAUGUUUAAUUUUGGGUAUGCAUGUAGACGCACAAGGGGAUUCUAUUUCUAGAGCGGAAUUAGAGCACAAAAGAAGGUUGUGGUGGACUGUGUACAUGUUUGAAAGAAUGCUGAGUUCUAAAGCGGGUCUUCCCUUGAGUCUCUCGGAUGCAACUAUAUCAACAGAACUUCCAAGUGAUCAAACACUACAUCCAUCUAUCGAUGAAAAUUAUAUUUUUUCUCCGGCUGAGAAUAUUGUUAAUUGUAUCUCAAUUGUAAGGAUUAAUGCACAGAUAUUAAAAAAGAUGUAUCAAAGGCAGCCUAACUCAAACAUCUUACCUAUCCUAAAGAGUAUAAUCCAAUCACUUUUGGAGUGGAGAAAUACUCUAUCAGAUUCUCUACAAACAGAUUUUACAAACUCUAAACUUGAAAUCACAAGAUUAGGGACCAAUAUAUUUACUGAAUUUUUCCAAGGCAUCAAUUUGGCCAUUAGGCCGCUUCUUUUUCAUUUUACAUCUAUCCAACUCAAAAAAUUUAAGGCAAGCAAUACAUAUGUUGAUUUGGCGAAGUACUCGACUACAAUAUCAUCACUAUUGAAUUGUUCCCUUCAGGCAUCUGUCAAUACAAUUAGAGCUCUCCGAACUAUAAUGGAUCAGAACUUGGUGGCUGUUUUUGGUUAUAUGGAUCGUGAGUAUCUAUUUACAUCUUCUUGUACUUUACUGCUUUUUAAUGUCGCAUUUGGAAUACAUGGACAGACACACGAGUAUCUUGAUCAAGCUUUAGAUAUGCUUACAGUUAUGAAAACAAUGGGUAAUAUUGCUGCUGGUUUAAGACGUGCGCAAUUACUAACCUUAAUGUUAAAUAUGGAUUUUCAUGGUAUUAUGAGAGAUUUGAUCUCCAAGCAUAGUGAUUCUUUCCAACAAAAUGAUGAGGAGUUGCUAAACACAUUGGAAAAGCAUUCCACGAAAGAAGCCACCACCUUAUAUAAUGCAAUAAAAGAAACGCUAGAGAAAUCAUACGAAAUUCCAAUAACCAAAAAAGAUACACAGAUUAUGGAGCAAAAUAAAAACCAGCUUGAACAAAUAAAUUAUGCCGAUAAUGAUGAUCUUCAGGAAGUUCUAGAUGCGAUGGACGACAUCGAUCAAACUGAUAGCAAAUUAUGGAAAGAAAUUUCAGAUCAAGCAAUGUGGCUUGGUGAUACGAUGGAUCCAGCAGGUGCUGCAGGUAUUGAGUUGGAGCUUGGUGAUAAUCUUCUCAUGUUAAAAUAA